GGCGGUCCCCGAUUAGGAUCGAUACGUUGACCUUGAUAGACCAAAUUUUGCAACGCUGGCGGCAAUGGUGGGGUAUACGAUUUCAAUAUUUUUUUCUGCAAAAUUUCAUCUCUUAUUUUGUAUAAUUGCAAUUGUCUCACUUGAUUUUUGAGUUGGGAAGUGCCUUCACUACAUCUCAAUUUUCUCUAAAAAUGUCUCCUAGACCGCCAACAUGUCUUCACCCCUUGAUUGCUCGUUUACCCCCUCAAGUUCGCCUCCUGCCCUACCCCGCAGUUAGGAUCAUAUCCAUUUUGGUUUUUAUCAAUAUCAUUAUUUGGGUGGCUGUGGCUAUUGUUCUACGCUCCCAUCCACUUCUAUCUUCAUCUGCUGUACUUUCAUAUACAUUCGGUUUGAGACAUGCUCUGUAAGUUCUGAUUUCUGAUUUCUUCAAAAACCACUUUUUGCCUCACGAUCAUGUGAUUUUCUACUCUCAAACUUCGACUCAUCAAAUCCAGUGAUGCCGAUCACAUAUCCGCAAUCGACCUCAUGACCCGUCGCCUCAUUGCUUCUGGUUCUCCUCAUACAUCCCAACCAGUGACAGUGGGUACUUGGUUCUCGUUAGGCCACUCUACUAUCGUAAUCAUAACCUGUAUCGUCGUUGCCGCCACCUCUGGCGCUCUUGAGUCACGCUUCGACUCUUUCAGUAACAUAGGCGGAAUUAUCGGUACAGGUGUCUCUGCUUGCGUACUCAUUAUACUUGGAAUUGGAAAUGCAUGGAUUUUGUGGAAAUUGGUGGUUAAAUUACGAGCGGUUUUGAGGGAAGAAGUCGAUGGAGAUGGAGGUGAAAUGGGAUUAGGAUUUGAAGGUGGAGGAAUCAUGAUGAGAGUCCUUCGAAGAGUUUUCAAAGUCAUUGAUCGUCCAUGGAAAAUGUACCCUCUGGGUGUAUUGUUUGGACUGGGUUUCGAUACCAGUAGUGAGAUUGCAGUUCUGGGAAUUGCAUCUGUGGAAGGUGCUAAAGGAACUAAUAUCUGGCUAAUUUUGAUUUUCCCUCUUUUAUUCACUGCCGGCAUGUGUCUAAUCGACACUACUGACGGCGCACUAAUGAUGACGCUCUACACAUCCACAUCCCUCGCCCGCGACACAAUAGCUAUUCUCUACUAUUCAAUUGUCCUGACUGGUAUUACAGUUCUCGUGGCAAUCUGCAUUGGAGUCAUUCAAUUGCUUUCCUUGAUAGCAAAUUUCUCCACAGGAUCAUUCUGGGAUGGAGUUAAUACUGCAAGUGAUCACUUCGAUGUCAUUGGUGCGGGUAUCUGUGGAGCAUUUGUAGUUUUUGGAGGCGCGAGUGUAUUACUUUAUGGUCCUUGGAGAAGAUGGGUUGAGAAAGGGAGAGUUGGGCGAAGAGGUGUAGGAAACGGAGAGGUAGAGGUGGAAUUAGGAGAUUUGAGUAAGGGGGUUGAGUCGAAAGAUGAAGAUGAGAAGGAAGUUGCGAGGGUUAGAGAUAAAGCUCUUGAGGUGUAGUAGACGUAUUGAUCAGAACAUAGAUUAGAUCUUUAGAUGGGAUAAAUUCUGAAGUAUAUCUUCUGCAUCACCUGGGUAUCUGGCUAAGUUGGAGUAGGUGAGGCAAGUGGUGGGUUAUAGAGACGGAGUAAUAAUUGGAUGGAGGGUGACUAAGCAUUUCAACUUACCAUUUUGACCGUUUCGACAACCGUAUAAUUACAACUCUCUUUAUCA